CCAACUAAGAAACCAAACAUGAAAGGAAAAAAAAAACCCUAAAGACAGGUCAUCCUCUACAUUUUGUCAGACAGGUUGUUGUUUGAAAGGAUGGUAGAUUGAUCUCCAUCUCUACGGCAGACCAUAACCAUUGUUUGCAUGGCUCACCAUUCUUCAUGGUAUCUAAAACUAAUUUAUACUAUAUUCUAUUCUUGCCCAUAAUCCCAUUAUUUUAUUUUCGAUCAAUUUCCCUCUCUUGUUUAAACAUACCAACGCCAUCCUUUUAAUUGCUUUUUCUCUGUUUUGCUCUUUUCUCUUAUUGUUAAUAUUUCCAUCAUAAACACAACAAUAAUGGUGGUUUCAGACACGGUGAUUGAAAUUCUAUCCAAGCUUCCACCAGAAUCUCUUCUCCGAUUCAAGUCUGUUUGCAAAUCCUGGUAUGCUCUUAUCGACAAUCCUAAAUUUGUAACAAAACAUCUCUUAAAUUCAUUUUCCCAUAAACAUGUUCUCAUCAAACGUGCCCUCACCAACAACUCUGGAGAACAAGAACUUGUGUUCUCCAUCCUCAAAUUUUCUUUCGAUCGAUCCCUAUCUAUUAUGAACAUCAAUUUGCCAUUCCAAGAGAUCGAUCCACUUUUAGAAAUUUGUGGCCAUUCUCACGGCUUAGUUUGUCUUACUGAUUGUGACGAUGCUUUCCUUGUUAAUCCUAUGACUAAACAGUCUCGUAAACUUCCGCCCUCAAUUCUCAUCUUCCGUACUGGUUCUUAUGAUCCUUACUCUUACUCUGCAGUACCAUUUUCUAUCGGAUUCGGGUAUGAUGCAAAAUCUAACGAUUUCAAAGUUGUCAGAAUUGUGAGUUUUCGGGGAUAUUCAACGAUGGUGAUGUGUCCACAUAUAAGAGUGGAAAUUUAUGAUUUGAGCAAAGAUAAAUGGAGGGAAAUUGAAGCUCCUCCAUUUUGUGGCGAUGCGAAUUGCACACCUCACUUUGAUAUGUAUCACGAAGGAACAUUUUAUUUUUGGGGACACGGUGAAUCAAGUAUUUUCGAAGCGGACCAUAUUGUAACAUUCGACAUGAGUCAAGAGGUUUUUAGUAAAAUUUCAGUACCGGAGAGUUACGAUGACAAAAAGCAUAAAACAAGUUUAGGGGUUUUGAAUAGAUCCAUGGUUCUUUUUGUUUAUCCAUUUGAAAGUAAUGAGAAAAAUAUUGACAUUUGGGAGAUGGAGAAGGAUGAAUCUAGUGUUGUUUCGUGGUCGAAGCUAUUGACGAUUGAUCCUACUCUUGGAAUUGAACACCCAUUGUUGUUUGUAAGCUCUGAAGAACUGUUAAUGGAGUCCAGUGAAGGACAUGUCAUUAUGUAUAACACUAAAACUCAUCGGUUCAAAAAGCUCCCAAUAGAAGGGGAAGUAACUUAUACAAAACCUAACAGGUUCGAAGCUACUGAUCUUUUCAUUAAGAGUUUGGUAUCUGUGGAAGGAGGAAGAGAUAUGAUCAAUUAUGGUUUUUAGUAUUUUCGGGCUUUACUAUUGUAAGUCAUGUUGUUUGAGUGAUAUGAGUUUUAGUAUUUUUCAAACUAGUUAAGUAAAGUUUAGAUGGAACAAAUGAGGUUGGUAGAAACUUGUAUUACUCUUAGAGGGAAAUAGUUACUUUUAAUACAUAGAUUUAAGAAAGAUGUAUAUUGACAUUUACCUUGUUGAUAUCA